AUGUCUACUCGACCUAGAGCGUCUUCGACUACGAGGGGUGCAGGUCCGAGUGGGAGAGGUGCUCCCAGGGGACGGGGCGCUCCCACCACUACGAGAGGCCGAGGUGGUGCUGGCGCAAGAGGAGGGUCUCUUCCAGGGACUCAACCUCAACCCGCCCCCGACCCUUCUCAGGGGGCGGCACCAACGGGACCUCAAGCAACUGACCCUACUCAAGGGACGGUACCGACGGGAGCUGAACCCGAUCAAUCCUCCCCAACUGGCCGACGAUUGCUCAUCUUCUGUGAUGGGACUGGAGAAAAUGGAGGCGACAACUCAGGAAAGACAAGUAACCUAGCCAGACUGGCACUCUCUAUUGGAGCCGAGGGCACAGACCGCAAAGAACAGAUUUGUUAUUAUCAGCAGGGUCUGGGAACUGGCAAGUUCAGUGUCAGCAAGAUCUUUCAAAUGGCAGUUGGGCAAGGUAUGGCUGAAAACAUACAAAACAUAUAUAGUGCCCUUGCUCCUCAGGCAGCAAGCCCUUCACAGCCGGAAGCAAGCACUUCACAACGUGCAGAGCCUGCACAACCCGGAGCGAGCUCUUCAACAACAGAACCUGGUUCUCCGCCAAGAUGGCAAAGAGGCGAUACUCUGUGCUUCUUUGGAUUUUCCAGAGGUGCGGCGACGGCACGCUUCGCAGCCAAUUUUAUUGCAACUGUGGGCUUCCGACUUGAGGGGCCGGCCGCGACCAGCGAGGUGGGCCAGCUGUACGAAACAUGGAAUGCUCUAAAGGAAGACACUGAUUAUAAACUACCGGAGGGCUUCGAAAAGCCUGAGAUCGAAUGUGUGGGCGUUUUCGACACAGUUUCAGCUCUCGGAAUAACGAGAACACAACAAGCAGGCAUACGCCCGGGGGUGGCUACCACAGCAGAUCCGCUCAAAGCAAAAGGCGACGUGCUCAAUGGGAGCAUCCUAUCGGGAUUUCAUGCACUCGCAUUGCAUGAAAUGCGCCAAGCUUUUGCACCAGACCUUUGGAUCGCGCAAGCGAGUCCGGCCCAAAAAAUCUUCCAGACUUGGUUUAUCGGGAAGCAUUCAGAUAUUGGUGGUGGUCCUCCGCAAGACCAACCGAAUUCUGGUCUUGCCAAUGCAACACUUCGAUGGAUGGUAGAGCGGAUCAGGUCCAUUGGCAUCGGAGUCGCCAUAGAAAACGAAGAGCUCAACGCUCAACUGGCAAUUCCAGAAUCGGAAGCAGGGCAGGGACAGGUUCGCAGCCAAAACCCCGUGACGGGGACCGUCGCGGGAGGUCCUCAAGUGCAAAGACAACCAGGAACUUAUCAAAAGGGCCAUGAAGCCGUCCACAUCUCCGUACGAAUCCAAGGUCUGUUGAACACCAAGGAACUUCCACAGCAGCCAAGCCUGGAGGCUCUCAUCGGAAGAUCCCAGCCGGUACCCAAUAGCACCACCGAAUUUGAGUGGGGGAGGACGGUAGAGGGGGAUGAGAUCACUAUGCUAGAAGACACCGUGAUAGCACCGGAAGAAAACGCUCCCGGAGACAAGGAGCGACCCAACAAGGUCGAGGAGGAACUGCCCAAAGGGGCCGAGGAACACCCUCACGAGGUCGAGGAGGGACUGCUACACGACCUCCUUGGAGAUGAUAGCCCAAGUGUGGCUAAAUCGAAGCUGAAGAAGGUUGAGAGGGAGCAGCUGGUGACAGAGAGUGCCCGGAAAGAAGCUCGAGGAAGAAGCACCACCAGUUGGGCACAAGAGGGACUAGAUGAUUAG